UCUUGGGAUUGUACACAUUGACCGUACAUGGUCCACCCCUGUACCAUGCGGUUUUUUACCCUAGUAGUAGUCUAGCUACCUAUUUUUGUAGGUUGGCCUAAUGGCUUAAAUAAUUUGAUAUACUAUUGGAUUUAAAAACUACCUUGAAAAUACUUUUACGAAGAUCUCACAUGCUUAUUUUAGUUCGUAUGACACUUUCAUACCUAGGUACCUAUAUCUCAUUAUGUUGAUGAAACUUCAAUCUUUUUUUAAUGGUAUACCUGAAGAUGUAAUUGUGUUGUUGUUUCACCAAUUAAAUAUCGAGUGAAAAAGGGUGGUCUUCUCAAGUGAAAUGGCCUCAGUUUACCCUAAAUCAAAUAUGUUUAAUUUUGGUAGCUUAAGUGAACAGUAUUCAGCCUAAUAGAAUGUGCUUCUUCUGUAAGGCUAGCAUUUGAUAUUCAGUUUGAUUCAGAAAUUCUUGUUAACUCAUUAGAACAUGCCAUAGGCUAUAUAUAAAAAAAAUAGGACACCAUUGGAAAUAAUGGUUUUUGGAUAGGAGAACAAAAAUGAUACUAUUGUACAUACCUUUUUUGCAAGCCAGUUCAGCAAAACCUUAAAUUUCUCUACUAGUUGGUUUCUUUGUGCUUCAUGAAUUUCUAACUACAUAUUAGCCUAUUGUAAAUUCAAACUACUUGUUUUAGUAUUUUCCCCCUGCCCCACAUCAACAAUUAUGUGGCACCCCCGUUGGAAUGCACCAGUCAGAAAUGCAUAAAUCAAAAUUCUAUCAGUGAAAAGUAAAUGCAUAAUUUAUGCAUUUCAUUAGGAAUGAUCACCAAUAGAUGUGAAUGUAGAGAGGACAUUAUUUACUGAGUUGCAUCCUAACCUAACCUCCCCAAACUUAACACCAAGCAAACAAACUAUGAAUGCUAUAGUAUCUUUUUGCCACUUCUGUGAACUUCAUGGCCCCAACGUUGUGUUCUGUACACAGGCCUUUCGAGAUCUUCCAGAUUUUGAUGCCCUAAAUAAUUUGGAUGCUAGUGAUAUUUUGCACUACCAGUGUAUCGGGAACCAAGAACAGCGGAAGGCUGAUGAGUCUGAUGCAUGGCGAUACGGAAGAAUAGAUCCAGAGGGUAUAGCCAAUACAAAAGCAAGUGGAAGUGAUAACUGUAUUGCUUGCUGCUCUUUCUCACACAAUAAACCUGGCUAUAUAAGUAAUGACGAUGCUGCUAGAGUAAGUUAUGUGAGCUCACAGUUUCCGCUCCAGUCAGAAUUAUAUGUUUUAGUUCGUCAAGGUUGCAUUCGCUCUCUAAGUUGUGAGGUCUGUCCAGGAAAGGAAGGUCCCAUCUAUUUUGGAGAUGAGGCACGUGGCCAUGUGUUAUCGUACACGUUUUUCUUACGUGAUGUUCAGGCCAGAGGUUUCCAAAGAUGGUACAGUAUUUUAAUUCUUAUGAAAGACAAAAUGCUGCUUCUGAACUCAUGGCCAUUUUUGGUGCGAAAUUUGAGGGAAACUAUCAGUCAUUUACAAGAAAAAGCAAGCAAGAUAUACUCAAAUGAAGAAUCGAAGGUUAGCCAUCGAGCUUUAAGAUCAGCAGCUUCUAUGAUGGAUGGUGUUCGUAAGCAACGAGGACAGUCAACUGCUGGACAGCCCAGAUCUUUGCCAGAGCUUGUUGGUGAUGAGAAGAUAUGGGAAUACCUUCAUUCAUCUUCAACCUGGUUGCUGAAAGCAGGCGGCCUUAGGUUACAAGAGAGGCUUGUAGAGGGGCCCCAAGUGAGUGCUUUAAUAGCAGAGACUCCAGGUGAUGAAGUUAUAAGCAUCAGAGAACUGUCGAAUGUAAUGAGUGGACCAGUUUUCCAUCGGAUUGCCCACCACCUGUUGGUUGGUCAUCAAGUAGUUAUCCGAGGAACUGAUCAGAACGUUGUCUCAAGAAUGGUUCGAUCGCUGAAGCCUCUUCUACCAAAGCAGUGCUUUAAAGCUGUCAGCUUCUCUGAGCAUUACAUAGAACAAGGCACUUGCAAUGCCUUAGGUCUCCCCACAUCAGCCAAGAUUCCAAAUGGGGCAUGUGGAAAUGUAAAUGUGUGUGCUGUUGAUAUCACCCCAAAUGAUGGAAAUAGCUGGGCGUCUGUACAAUUGGUGCAGGAAAGUGUUUUCUGCUCAGAGGAACAGUUGCAGUAUGAAAAAUCCAGUGGAGACUUGAGUGAAGUCUUACCAGUAAACUUUGCAAAUAUCUUCAGUAAUUGUUCCUUUAAGAUCAUAAGGGAGAGUACCCUACCAUCCCGUCCUCCACAAAUUUUGGCCCGCAUUGAAGCAGCAGUUGGUAACUUAACAUUGACGAAGACAGCUUUAGGCCUUUAUAUAUCUACAAUUAUCUACGAAUGGAUUAAUAAGGUGAAGGUUUGGGUUCAUGUUCAAAAUAGAAAGAGACCCCAUCAAGCCACCCAUGAAAAAUCACCAUGUCAGGUUCUUCAUCCCAGUGUGAUAUUCAGAAGUACGUCAGUCCCAGUUUUACAGAUUCCAAGUCCAACAACUCUCAGAACUGCAGGAGGAAGUGGCAGUCCGCCUGAAGCAGCACAUCAAGAUGAGCGCCAUCAGUUACUGGCAGCUAUAGGGUGCACUGAAUGGGAUGUCCCUUUGUUGGAAUUCUGGGCAAGAAGCUUUAAUUAGCUAAUAGUUGAAAUUUGCUUGCAUAAAUGGUAUGAUUGUUGUGUACAGUACAGGCAACAGAAGAACCUCAUAUGUAUUCAUGCCAUAACAACCAACAGAAAUAGGUCAACUGAAUGCUGCUACCCCUGCGGGCUAGAAAAUCAGUGAUUCUUGCAGGACAAGAUGAGACAAUCCCCUCCUAUGGUGUAGUGAAAUAUCAGUGAGUGCUAAUUGCUUCACUAGUUUAAGAUGAGAAGUGGUGGUUGCUUGAUCUAUGCCUAUUGGGUUUAAGGCAUGAUUGAAAAGGUUUGUAUUUAUUGAAUAUCAGAAUUGUGUAUAAUUUUGUAUUAUUUUGUACAAAGAUAGUGCCUUAUAAGAGAAAACAAAUAUUUUGAUAUUAAGACAAUUUAAACAUUAAUCUUUGUAUAGAACUUGUAUUGUUAGAAGUAAAAUUCAGAACGAAUUUUACAUGUGGAACUGAUGAUUAUAACCAAAGACUUUUAUUAAAACAUCUUAGAG